UUGCACGGAACGCUUUCCCACUCUUCUUCCUCUUCCUGCUUGUAAACGACGAACACCUUCACACACAACAACACAACAACAACAACAACUACAACAACACGUGCCACGAUGGCCAGUUUGGAUGAGACGGAUGUGGACACGCUGGUUGGGGCGGAGGUUGAGGCUGAGGAUGGGCACGUUCGCCAGAUAAUGCUGGAGGCAAGACUGGCACCAAGCACAGGUGGUGUGCAGUGGGUGCUUUGGCCUGGAAGCACACCUGCAGCAAAGCAGCAGGCUCAAGAGCAUGGGCAGGAGCUUGGUGCUUGGACCCCUGGCACGAGGGCAGACCCAGCCACGACGCAGCUGGUCGCCGGUUGGUAUCCGCCGAUGCUCACCGACCACCUGCGCGCAGAGCUGUACGAGCAAGCCAUUCACACUGCUGUGGGUGCUUUUCAGGAGAAGCACGGCCGCGCCCCUGUUGUGCUUGAUAUCGGUGCUGGGUGUGGGCUGCUGUCCAUGUUGGCUGUGAGGCAUGGAGCUGCACACGCAUAUGCCGUUGAGCAGUUCGCUGGCCUGGCCACAGUUGCGGCAUCUGUGGUGGCAUGCAACGGAUUUGAAGGCCACGUAACUGUGCUCGCCAAGCCCAGCUUUGAGGUGACGCCGAGUGACCUUUCCUCGCACGCCGUCGACGGUCGGUGUGACAUGGUCAUAUCUGAGCUGUUGGACUUCAGCUUGACGGGCGAGAUGGUUGUCCCCAUCUUGCGCGAUGCUUAUGCGCGUCUCCUGCACCCACGAGCGCCCAGCAUCCCUGCCGCUGCUCGCCUAUACGGUCAGCUGGUGUCCAGCCCAGCCCUCGACGCACUGCGCCUCAACGGGUGCCCAAUGUACACCCACUGCCUCCCGUGCCAUGUGCAGGGCCUGGAGCCAAUGGCCAUCACGUCUGAUCCGCAGCAGCUGGCGAGUCUUGCCUUUGAUCCCUGCGCUCCUCUGAGGGGCGAUGGGCCGCACCCCUCAUCGCAGCAGCCCGUGCGCGUGUCACUCGUUGGCGGCGGCGGGGAGGAUGCCGGGCACGUGCGGUUCGAACAGCACCAGCACGAGGGCGGCGGUGAUGGCGACGCCGAGGAACAGGAUGCAUCGGAUGGGAUGGUGGUGUGGUGGGAGCUGUCGCUUCUCGCUGAUGACGCUUCUUCACUCGUGUACUCCAGUGCGCCCGCAGCCACAACAGGACAGCCGUUUCAGGACCACUGGGCACAGGGCCUGUUUGUGCUGCCACGGUGCACAGUGGGGCAUGCGGGCGUGACGGUGCGAAUCUGGCUGGAGGACGAGGCGACAACGCUUCGAGCGGCCGCCAUCACAGACCUACCAACCACCAUGGACAUGACUACAGACACCACAGAGGUUGCAAAGAGAACACCAGCACCCACCACUACACCGCCUGCACCAUCACCAGACACAACGCCGGCAUUGGCGCCGGCAGACGAGGCGAAAGCGCUGCUGGUCAGCUCCGUGCUGCACACACACGCGACGGUGGAGCGGGCAGCCGCAUAUGGGUCUGGGGUGUAUGGGCGGAUAUGGGUUGCUGCCAUGGAGCGAAGCCGUCGUGAUGCUGGCCUUCCUGCUGGCGGGCUGGAGGGCGCCAACGGCAUUGUUCUCGACAUGUGCGAGGGCGGGGCGUGUGGACUGUUGUACGCGCAGCAUCUGGCGUGUCCUGAUCCGAAACGUUCAAGGACCAUUGUUGUGUAUGACGCCAAGCAGCACGUCACCGUGUGCCCUUUGGCUCACCUCGACACACGUCACGGGGUGCACCAAGCAACUCACGUCGGCAACACCAGCAGCAGCAGCAACAACGACACCAGUGUUUGCGACAGCGGUGGAGAUGGCCGUGGCGUUGUGAAUGUGCAGUGGUGGCGGGGAGCGGACCACGGGGAUGCGUGGCGGUGGGGCCAAGUGCAGCAUGUUGUUGGCGACACCUUUGCGUAUCAGCUGAAGAACCGCCCCAUCCUCGCUGCCCUUAACUUGUACUACCUUCGACGUGCCUUUUCCCCCGCGAUCUCGCCUUCUGCGGCCAUUACACCGCAUCGCAUCUGCAUACGCGCAGCCCUUGUUCGGCUGCCGGACCUGUCUUUCUCCCACGCUGCCAUCACCACCAUCUGUGGCCUCGACCACACCCCGCUCGAACGCGCCAUGCGGCCCCAUGUCGCCGCCGCCACCGUGGGCAACGACGACGGUGAUGAUGGCGAUGGUGCUGGCAGUGGCGACGGUAGUGGUGUUGGUGUUAGCGUUGGUGUGCAUGCGCUGUCGUGUGUGUCUCUGUGGCAGUACCGCCGCUCCCUCGCGUGUGCACCGGUGACUGUUGCCACUCUCGACCUGACCAGUGGUGCCGACGACCUUCCACACGAGGAGGUGUUCGAUACAGAGCUACCACUCGCUGCCAGUGGUGAUGGUGACGAUGCCAGUGGUGAUGGUGGUGACGGCUGUGGUGUUGGCGUUGAUGGUGGUGUUGGUGGUGUUGGCGAUGCUGUUGUGCUGUGGGUUGACAUGGUGACUGGUGAUGGGGCGAGCGGCCCGCCCGUCGUGCUGCCUGGAUAUCCGCACACGCGCGCAGACGUGCGACGAUUUGGGGCGGAGGCGCUUGGGCUUGGCGAGGGCAGAUACGGCCAUGUGUAUGAAGGCGGGCCCUUCUGGGCCAAGCAGGUGGUUUACUGGCUGCACGGGCACAGCGCCAAGGAGCUGCAGCGGGCAAGCAAGCUGCAGGUCAAGCUCGGCGUCCACCACGCAAUGGGCACCUACACCUUCCACUGCACCCCUGCUGUUUGAUGAAAUGAGAGCAGUUAGCGGUUGGUGUGUGUGUGCGUGAGUGUGUGUGGGUGAGUGUGUGUGGGUGAGUGUGU